AUGCAUUUCUCGCCCUCUCGCCUUGUCAUAGGCUUCACCGUCUUCAUUGCAUGCAGCUUCUUUUACACAAUAAACUCAAUAUCCGCUCGCGAUCCCACGUCCGUUUUCUUCAGCCCACGCAAGGGAUACGCUCCCCGCUAUUCUGCCAUCCGCCGGCAACAGGCGGAAGCCUUUAUAGAAGCCUAUAACCCCGCCAGCGUCGUCAAAACCUCGCCCGACGAGAAGAAGAGGAAGCUAUGUGUCGGCAUACCUUCGUUCAAUCGCCCCGGCGCACAAUACCUGCCCGAUACCGUCGGCUCACUGCUCGAAGGCCUUACGCCUGAAGAGCGACAGGAGAUAUACUUCAUGGUCUUCAUACCCCACUCGAAACCCGAGACACACCCAGCGUACCACGAAGAAUGGCUCUCUGGUCUUACAGACCAAGUGCUGACCUACGGCUACGGCUUCGACCGCAUGCAAUACAUACGUGAUUUGGAGAGAACCAACAACUACAAGGAGAAGGGCUUGUUCGACUACACAUACCUCUUGAAUGCAUGCAAGGAGCAGUACACGCCCUACAUUGCAUUGUUCGAAGAUGACACCGUCGCCAUCGACGGCUGGUACCACCGCACAAUGGCCGCCAUCCACGAGGCUGAGCAACAAGCAGCCUUGCAGCGCGCCAAACCCUACUUCCUCUACCUGCGUCUAUUCUACACGGAAGAGUUCCUCGGCUGGAACGCAGAGGACUGGAAGACAUACCUAAAAAACUCCAUAUACGUGGGCAUCAUUCCUGCCGUCGUCCUGGUCUUGGUGCGCUUCGCCCAACCCACAACCAAACUUUCGCUCGUCCUCCUAACCCGCCGCACCUUCAUUGCAACCUACGCCUCGCUCGCCAUCCUCAUCCUCAUUUUCUUCGGCCUCGGCCGCGUCACCGUCCUCCCCAUGCCCGUCGGCGUUCACGAAAUGUCGCAAUUCGGGUGCUGCAGCCAAGCUUUCGUCUUCCCCAACGUCAAGGCCGGCGAGCUCGUCGAAUACUUCAAAGACCGUCACAUUGGCUACAUGGACGUCUUGACUGAGGACUUUGCAAACGAGCGCGGGGAGCUGCGAUAUGCGGUCACGCCCAGCGUUGUUCAGCAUGUGGGCAGAGCGACUGGUAACGGGCCGUGGAAUAAAUGGGGUAUGCGCGCGGACAAGAUUUGGAGUUUUGCGUUUGAGAAGUUUGAUUGGAGGGCGUUGAAGAAGGAGCAUGAGGCUGUGAAUAAGUUGAGGAGUCAGAAUGAGAGGGCGGUUGGUGAUGGUGGUGGUAGUGGUGGUACGUGGAAUUUGCGCCAUGGCCGCGCGUAAUGUUAUGAUCAACUCAUGUGUAUGAUUGCGUAGUAUACCCAUCAACAAUUCAGGCGUUUCGUUUUUUUCUUUCU